CAUAGGGUAUAGAGUGCUUACUUGUAUACGAUUUUGUGGUUUCUGAAAAUAAGCUUUUAAAGUGAACCCAUUAACGUCUUCCCUUUAAUCUCAGCGGAUUCAUGAGCGCUCCUUAACGUAAUGACGUCACGGAGCAUCACGGACACGUAUGAGCGACGAGAGACGUCAUCACGGGCCCAGUGUGGACUGCUUGCUAACCCAAAACACUUUGGAUUAAAUAUUUAGCUUGUAGUUUUUUAAAAUCCUUUUCCUAUUGAAGGCGGAAUUCCUCUGCUUCCGCUCUCGCCCUGCAGGCGGGGGUGUGUUCCUGCAGCUGUUCGGGCCCAUCCUUUGUUGUUGUUGACAGUGUUUUUAUUUGUAUUAUUAUUAUUGACAGUAGUGGUUGUGGCUCGUGCUGCACGUCGUCCCCUGAUUGCCGCCGCCCGACACUUGGCUCGCCGCGCGCUCGCAUGCAGCAGAAUGGCUCGAGCGGUUCCAACGGUUCCAACGGCUCCAACGGUCCUGAGGGCUGCGGCGGCGGAGCGAGGGACCGGCAGGCUCUGUCCUUCAGCCCGCUGCCCGCCGCCACCACACGGGUGAGGCGCUUUAUCCAGGAGAGACGGACGCUGCCUCUACCCAGAGUGAUGGUGGUAUUCUCGGCCGCGGGGGACACCGACAAACCAGCGGGCGAUGCCGUGAUGGCCAGCUCGGACUCCGCGGCGGAGGAAGACUUCCGGCAGCCUGCCUCCUCCCCGGCGCCGAGCUUCGCCCUCAGCAAGCCGCUCCGCUCCGCGCUCAACACACCGGAGCAGGAGUUUCCAGAGGUGAUCUCUCUGAACGUUGGAGGAACAUACUUCACCACCCGCCUGUCCACCCUGCGGCGAUACGAGGACACCAUGUUGGCGGCCAUGUUCAGUGGGCGUCACUACAUCCCUCGUGAUGCUGAGGGACGUUACUUCAUCGAUCGAGAUGGAACAUAUUUUGGGGACAUCCUGAACUUCCUGCGGGAAGGAGAGCUUCCUCACAGGGGCCGAGUGCGAGCGGUGCACAGAGAGGCUCACUACUACUCCAUCGGCCCGCUGCUGGACAGCCUGGAGGACACUCAGCCUCUCACAGGGGAGAAGGUUCGCCAAGCUUUCCUCGAUCUCAUGCCCUAUUACAAAGACAAUCUGGAGCGCAUUGUGGAGAUUGCCAAACUGAGGGCCAUGCAGAAAAAGGCGCGGUUUGCAAAGUUGAAGAUCUGCGUCUACAAGGAGGAGAUGCCCAUCACGCCGUACGAGCGUCCUCUUUUUAACUCUCUGCGCUUUGAGCGCUCUGACAGCGAGGCCAAGCUUUUUGAGCACCACUGCGAGGUGGACGUUUCCUUUGGGCCCUGGGAGGCGGUUGCGGACGUUUACGACCUGCUGCACUGCAUUGUCAGUGACCUGGCAGAGCGCGGCAUCACCGCCGAGCAACAGUGUAUCGGGGUCUGCGACAAGCACCUUAUUAACCAUUACUACUGCAAGAGGCCCAUCUACGAAUUCAAGAUCACAUGGUGGUGAGGCUGGAGGGGGUCAGGGCUGAUGGGACCAAAACGAAAUGAAGGGAUGUUCCAUUUUUACUAUAACUCGGCCGAUAUUGGUUUUUGUAUUGAAGCUACCAAUAUUUUGUGCUGACGUCUUAAAGUGUGACCCUUUAAAUCAUGCUUCAGCAUAUAAUUAUUCUCUGUUUCCCAAAAAUAUUUUAUUGUUUUUCUUAUCAAACAAAUUACACUCCAAGAACUUAUCAAGUUAGAAGCUACAUCUAGUAAUGUCAACAGUCCUUUAUUGAAUCUAAAACAGAAUCAACAAAACCUGACCAACGUAUAUGAAGGAGAACUCAUGACAGGACUGUUAGUUUUAUUAAGUGUACCUAAUAAACUGGUGAGUGAGUGUAAGUAUACACCCAGCGGUCAUGAAGAAGAGGUGAAACAGG